AGUCUUCUGUGCAGAAGUUCAUUCUGGAUUGGGCUGAAGGAAAAGCAAAUCAGGAUGUCCAAUUUGUAUUUUCAUUCCCUUUCCGUGAGCUGAAUUUGAUGAAAGAGGACAAACACACUUUCAUUAAACUUCUCAAUCACUUCUCAAUGGAAACCAAACAAUCAGGAAUCUCCAACUACGACAAGUACAAAGUUCUGUUCAUCUUUGAUGGUCUGGAUGAGUGCCGACUGCCCCUAGACUUCCAGAAGAACAAGAUCUGUUGGGACGUCACAGAGUCAACCUCAGUGGAUGUUCUGCUGACAAAUCUCAUCAGGGGAAAUCUGCUUCCCUCUGCUCUCCUCUGGAUAACUACCCGACCUGCAGCAGCCAAUAAGAUCCCUUCAGGGUGUGUUGACCAGGUGACAGAGGUACGAGGGUUCAAUGACCCACAGAAGGAGGAGUACUUCAGGAAGAGAUUCAGUGAUGAGGACCUGGCCAGCAGAAUCAUCUCACACAUAAAGACAUCAAGGAGCCUCCACAUCAUGUGCCACAUUCCAGUCUUCUGUUGGAUUUCUGCAACAGUCCUUGAACACAUGCUGGAACAUAAGAGAGAAGAGAUGCCCAAGACUCUGACUGAGAUGUACACACACCUUGUGGUGUUUCAUACCAAACAGAAGAAUGAAAAGUAUCUUGGGAAAGAAGAGACAGGUCCACCCUGGAAUAAAGAGAACAUUCUGUCACUGGGAAAACUGGCUUUUCAACAGCUUGUGAAGGGCAAUCUGAUUUUCUAUGAAGAAGACCUGAAAGAGGCUGGCAUUGAUGUCAUUGAAGCCUCAGUGUACUCAGGAUUGUGCACACAGCUCUUUAAAGAGGAAUGUGUGCUGUACCAGGACAAGGUGUACUGCUUUGUACAUCUGAGCAUUCAGGAGUUUCUGGCUGCUGUAUAUGUGUUCCUCACAUUCAUCAACAACAAUGAGAAUCUAAUGGACAAACUGCAGUCAACGUCCAGGAGACUUUCUGUGAGGAUCAAACAAAGGCGUAAAGUUACUGUCUACAAGAGUGCUGUGGAUAAAGCCUUACAAAGUGAGACGGGAAACCUGGACCUUUUCCUCCGCUUCCUUCUGGGCCUCUCACUGGAGUCCAAUCAGAAGCACUUACGAGGUCUACUGACAAAGACAAGAAGCAGCUCACAGAGCCAUGAAGAAACAGUCAAGUACAUCAAGGAGAAGAUCAGGGAGAAUCCCUCUCCAGAGAGGUGCAUCAAUCUGUUCCACUGUCUGAAUGAACUGAAUGACCAUUCUCUAGUGGAGGAGAUCCAAAGAUACCUGAGAUCAGGAAGUCUCUCAGAACCCAACCUGUCACCUGCACAGUGGUCAGCUCUGGUCUUUGUGUUGCUGACUUCAGAAAAGGAGCUGGAUGUGUUUGACCUGAAGAAAUACUCCAGAUCAGAGGAAGGUCUUCUGAGGCUGCUGCCAGUGGUCAAAGCCUCCAGAGCUGCUCUGCUGUCAGGCUGUGGAGUCACAGAGGAAGGCUGUGCUUCUCUGGUCCCAGCUCUGGAGUCAAACCCCUCACACCUGAGAGAGCUGGACCUGAGUAACAAUGACCUGAAGGAUUCAGGAGUGAAGCUGCUCUCUGCUGGACUGGGGAAUCCCCACUGUAAACUGGAGACUCUGAGGCUGUCAGUCUGUCUAGUCACAGAGCAAGGCUGUGCUUCUCUGGUCUCAGCUCUGAGGUCAAACCCCUCACACCUGAGAGAGCUGGACCUGAGCUACAAUCACCCAGGAGACUCAGGAGUCAGACUGCUCUCUGCUGGACUGGAGGAUCCACACUGCAGACUGGAGAAACUCAAUGUGGAACAUGGUGGAGAGAACAGAAUGAAACCUGGAAUUAGAAAAUGUGAGUGUUGACUGCUGUGAAGAAUAUGACUAAGAAUAAGUCUUAAUUCAAGUUAAGUCAAAGUCAAAGACCACCAUCAUUACUUACUUGGUCAUAUUAAAUAUCAGCUGUAGUUCUACAGAAGCAGAAAUCAGGGACACCAACGUUUACAAAGAGUUGCUUUGACAAUGUGUGUGUGUGUGUGUGUGUGUGUGUGUAUGUGUGUG